UAGGCGGUCGGGCAUCAAGUCUCGCGAGAUAUGCAAUAUGUGGGCUCCCUUCUAGGUACUACCUUGUUGAAGGCAGACGCAGCGCCAUACAUCCUCUAAAACUGUCGUUCCUUCGCAGAUAAAUGUCAUUAUCUGACAUGUUCUGGUUCGUGGCGACUCUUUAGCUUUCAGACUCAACAGGGCUUGCAUCCAGACGGUGACAGGCAGCUUACAUUAGCUCUAAAUGUAGUUUAACUGAAGCUAACUGAAGCAGCAUCAUGACUCACUGGAGCCUCUUCGAGAAGGAGACCGAGAGAGAAACCAGGAGGCUGAUCAGAUGUAUCAGCGGGAUGGAGGAGGACGAGGACGACCAGAACCAGAACCUGCAGCUGGCUCUCAAGUUCGCCUCGUCCAACUUCAAGUUUCAUCGGUUCUUGGACGUGGACAGUCAUAAAGUCCAACGCAGCAUAACAGGAAUCUAUGAGAAGCUGAUGGUCCAUUCAGACGAGAGUAAAGCAGAAAGCUGGAAGAGGCUGACUGAAGAGUUCCUGAACUCACCUUUACCCAACACAGAUGGAACAAAGAAUGAUGCUCACUACAGCGUCCUGUCGCUGCUGCUCUUCUUAUCGGGGUCCCCCUCCAACACAAACUUCACUGAGAGACCCAGAAUAAAGGAGGCUGAAGAAGUGGACGACUUUGACUGGGCUAAAUAUCUGAUGGAGGGUGAGGACAUAGACAUCGGACCGUACCCAGACACCCCCGAGUGGUCUGAGGAGGAGAGCGAGGACGAUGACAGCCAGCAACCAAUCAGCAGGGAGGACUCUGGGAUCCAGGCGGACAGAACGCCGCAGGACGACCAGGACAACAACAACAAGACAGUUCCAGUCACAUGGAAAGUGGGUGAGCCUGACGCCCGGGUCUGGCUGGAGCAGCACGUAGUGACUCCGUACUGGGUCGCUCAUGCUCCUCGUUUUCCUCACAGCCUACAUUUACACUCCAACCUGCUCAAUGUAUGGGAUCAACACUUGUAUAACACGGAUCCGUUGUAUCUGCCAGAAGAGAAGGCCUUUGUCACAGAGACACAAGUCAUCCGGGAGACGCUGUGGCUUCUCUCCGGGGUGAAGAAACACUUUAUAUUCCAACACCACGACGGAAAAGUGUCAGUGAGGAACAACGUGGUGGUGACUCAUCUGACCAGCAACUGUCUGCGCUCGGUUCUGGAGCACAUCGCCGUAUAUGGCCAGGCGGUGUUCAGGCUGCAGAGGUUCAUAGACGAGGUGACGGGCCACAGCUCGGAGCCGUGCCCGCCGGGAUCCGGUUCCUCCUACAGCUCCAAGAAGGGCUCCGAGCCUCCCUUCAGGACCUACCAGGCCUUUGUGUGGGCACUCAACAAGUACUUCACCAGCUUCAAAGAGGAGCUGACCACAAUUGAGAGGGAGAUCAUAUGUAAUGAUGAGACGGUGACCCUGUCUGCAGUCCUGGAGCGACUCACCCCUCACUUGGCCCAGAUCAAAGUGCUCCACAAAGUCUUCUGCACCGGGGUCGCUGAGGUCCCCCCCGAGACCCCCAACGUGGUCCGGGCCUCUCACCUGCUCAACACCCUGUACAAGGCGAUCAUAGAGUACGACAGCGUCGGGGAGGCGUCGGAGCAGGCGGUGGCCUUGUUGUUCUCUCUGUGGACGGAGACGGUCAGACCGUAUCUGGAGAUUGUGGAUGAAUGGAUUGUUCACGGCCACCUGUUUGACCCGGCUAAGGAGUUCAUCAUCCAGAGGAACAAAGACGUCCCAGUGAACCACCGGGACUUCUGGUACGCCACCUACACGCUGUACAGCGUGUCUGAGACGGUGGACAACGAGGAGAAGCUGAGCAACGACGCCGCCAGCGGCAGCUCUGGAGGGGACCAAGGCUCCAGCAACAGGCAGCUCACCAUGGUGUCCUUCCUCAAACCCGUCCUCAAGCAGAUCAUCAUGGCCGGGAAGUCCAUGCAGCUGCUCAAAAACCUGGACUGCAAGGAGACGGAGCAGUCGGACAGAUCCUCCAGAGAUGCAGAGAGGAAGAGUUUAUACACUUUGUUUCUGGAGUCGGUUCAGUCACGUCUCUGCAGCCAGGAGGAGUCGCCCACCGACACCGUGACCGAGCAGCAGGCCACGAGGAGGAGCCUCAUCAAGAUGCAGUCCAUCAUCACUCAGCACCUGGAGAUAGAAGACGUCCACGACCCGCUGCUGGCCAUCAACUUUGCCAGGCUGUACCUGGAGCAGAGUGACUUCCACGAGCGUUUCUCCGGAGGGGAUUUCAUCGUGGACCGCUCCUCUCAGGCCGUCACCUGCCAGACGUUCGAGCUAACGCUGCGCUCCUGUCUCUACCCGCACAUCGAGAAGAGGUACAUCGAGUGCUGCGGCAACCUCAUGAGGACUCUGAAGAAAGACUACAGGCUACUGGGAUACCUCCAAGCUAUGAGGAACUACUUCCUGCUGGAAGCCGGAGACACCAUGUACGACUUCUACACAGCUAUCUUUGACAAGGUGCAGGAGAAGGAGAGCUGGCAGCAGCCGUCGUUCCUCAACGCUCAGCUGCAGGAGGCGGUGGGACAGCGCCACCCAGAGGACAGCAGCAGGUUGUCAAUCUUCUUGGAGACGAUGGACCCCGCCAGGAAAAAACAUCCUGUGAAUAAUCUGGAAGUGCUGACCCUGGGUUACAAGGUUCCCUGGCCCGUUGACAUUGUGAUCAGCUCUGAGUGUCAGAAGAUCUACAAUCAGGUGUUUCUCCUCCUGCUGCAGAUCAAAUGGGCCAAAUACAGUUUGGACACGCUUCGGUUCAGCGAUUUCACAGACGUCACUAAGAAGCUGGAGGAGGGGUCUCUGGCGGAGGAAGUGAAGGUCAAAGAGCCCAUAAAUCAACAGAUUCACCGAAUGUGUCUGCUGAGAGUCAAACUGAUGCACUUUGUCAACAGUCUUCACAACUACAUCAUGACCAGGAUCCUUCACAGUACAGGACUGGAGUUUCAGCACCAAGUUCAGGAGGCCAAGGACCUGGACCAGCUGAUCAAGAUCCACUACAGAUAUCUGGCAACCAUUCACGACCGCUGCCUGCUGAGGGAGAAGGUCAGUUUUGUGAAGGAGGCGAUAAUGAAGGUUCUCAAUCUGGUGCUCAUCUUCUCCGACCGCUGGCAGGCUGGAUUUGGAGCCUGGAAGAUCGAGUCCAUCGAUAAAAUGGAGUCCGAUUUCAAGAACUGUCACAUGUUCCUGGUGACGAUACUCAACAAGGCGGUGUGUCGCGGCUCCUUCCCUCAUUUGGAGUCUCUGGCUCUCUCUCUGAUGGCCGGCUUCGAGCAGUGCUGAGGAAACAUGCAUGUGUCUGUUCUGACUGGACGGAGUCUCAUCGCUGUCUGUUCUCUGACUGCUCUCAUUGUUCAUGAUGAUGUGCAACGUAUGAUGUCAUUGGUCAUGAUGAUAUGCAAUGUGUGAUGUCACUACCUGCUGCUCUUACUGUUGGAGACGGACCUGGACUACAUGAUUAUCUGUCUGUUUAGGACCAUCGUCAAACAAGCUACUUGUGAACAAACAUAAACUUAUUGUAACUUUUUGUAUAAAGCUGUUUUUAUACGAGCCGUUAUGUUGUUAAUAAUGUGUAAAUAAAUAUAUGGAGCACAAUAAAUAUUGCACAAUGAUGUAGGUA